CGGGAACAUCCUUGUGUCUUCAGCGGUACACAGAAAGUAUCCAAAAUGCGGAGGGAAAAUACUCCUUGCUGUGGAGGCAGUGUGCCAUGCCUUUCUAAAUCCCUUUUCUGUCUAAAGAGUGAGUACAUUGCUUUUCUUCGCAGUGUUCCCCGUACCUUCUUUUUCGUCGCUCCUGCUUUGUUGGCCCCCUAAUCACCACAGUUGGCCGUUGUGAUUCUCACAUCACUAGCCGAAAACAAAUUUCCUCGUGGCUGCCGCCUAUCUUUCUUGGUAUCGCGCGCGACACUAGGGGGCAGAUGGGGAGUUUGAGUCUGUAAAAACGCGACUGAGCCGAAGGGGGAGAAAGCGAACAAGAGAGACAGCGGACGAUGCUCUGAACGGGAAAGUUGAUGUGAAUGCUAUAUAUUUCAUCUUUUGCUUCACUAACAAUUUGAUAUUCAGGUAGUGCGAUUUUCUUCCCUUCUUGUUUCCAUCCUCAGGGGAACCUGUCUUUCCUCUUCCUCAAGACUUUUUCGUUUUUUGUCUGCUGUGCAUUGAGAAACUCAUGCAUCGCCCCUUGGCUUGCCUCUCAAACGGAGAACUGAAACAGAAACCCGGUCUUUUUCUUAUUCAUGUGAAACACAGUGCCUCUCGCUGUCGCUGUUCCGCGCCGUUUCACGAGCCAGUUCUUCGUCUGGCUAAAAAAAGCUUUUAGUCUCUCCGGUUUCUGUUUUCGUUGUGUACCUCACGUGGUCCCACGUUUUCUGCCAGUUGAGUGCGUUUUUUCCUUUCGCCUUCUCAUCGUCCGCCAGACCGCACCAGUGGGACGCCAGCAAUCCUGUUCAGUUCCCUCUCCAUUGGGUAGAAUCGAAGUCGUUAUACUUUGUCUUUCGGCUCCUCAUUCACUACUUAUUGUAGACUGAACGACCAUCCCCGCUCCUUAGAAGCAAAGCGUUUUUUUUUGAAUAGAAGGGCGGCGCCUGGCGCUCUUCUAUUUCGGCUAUUUAUGAGUUUAUUACGCGUCGGUCUUCUCGCUGUGUGUCUCAGUUCGGUUCUUUUGUGGCUCCGUCUCUCGUCUUUGGUCUCUGUUCCUGGAUCUCUUUACAACGCUUUGAUCACGAACUGCAAAGAUAAACUCCAAUCUGUCUUCUGCUUGGAUUCGCCGUGUCGCCGAUUUAUCUGCCCGUUCUGCGUCCUGUUUCUUUUGGUGCUAGAAGCUGCCUGUCUCUCCCGUUUGUUCCCGAAGCUUCUCACGCACAUUCCGUUCCUCCUUCAGUCGGUGUUCGAUAUGUCCUCUUCCUUCGCAUGUGUCUCUUUGAGAUUGUCAAGCCCUGAAAUCAGUUCCGUCAAAGGCGUCCCGGACGCUUUCCGGAACGGCCGCCUGUCCAUUUUGCUGGUGGCCGGAGAGUCGUCUCCGCCUUCCGCGUCUCGUCUUCGCUCAAUGGGACCGAAGGUCCGUCUGUGAUUCGGGGAGAUUUGCCCUCCACCAAAUUGGCUUCGGGCGCCGCGGGAGGACCCACGAUGGCAUCGCUGUCCUCGCCCACACCAAUAGAGCGUGUGCUGCUGGCUUCGUCUUCUCCCUUCCCUCCCGUCCUUUCUCCUGAGACUCCGAACCAAGCGUGUUGCUCUCCUGCGUUCUCUGGUAGCCGUCAACCUGCGUCCGCUUCGCUGCCCUGUACUUCCCCUGAGACGAGUGUGGCGAGGUCUCCUCCAGCGCCCAACUCCACGCUGAGUGGCUCCCCGCUCUCCGGGACAAGUUCCUCGCACCUUCCGAUUCUCGACGAUGAAGCAGCGGGGGUCUUGGAGGCAACAGCGGCGUUCGUAGCUUCUCCGGAUUCCGAGGACGCGGUCCGUAGCGAGUCCACAUCUGCGUCUCAGUGGCUCCGUCAAGCGUCUGUAAAGCCGGUUUCGGCGAGCGCAGCCCGUCCCUUGGAGCAGAUUACAGACAGUGUCUCGACGCGAGACUCGAGACCCGACGGUGGCAAAGGUAUCGCGGGAAUCGCCUCGCUUUCGGCAGACGACAACAUGGAGGGUUCUGGUGCCAGCGAAACUUAUCGCGACUGCGCGGUCACCGCGUGGAAGCGCGAGGCCGAGUGUGAGCCGGGCCCAGCUCAGACAGAACAACCAGCUGGGUACGCGUCGCGAGAGCGAGGAGAAACAUGUUCUCUAUCGGAAGAGUCCGCCACGCCCUCCGCUCCUUCGCCUCUACAUUCUUCGUCGUCUCCCCAACACGGAAGUUCAAACGCAUCUGAAAUGUCUCCCCUAGAAGACAUGCCGUCGCCUCCGGCGUCGGCGGGCGGUCUCGAGGUGCCCAGUGUCGCAGGGCUUGACGGAGUAGCUGGACCCCUGGAGCAGCAGCCAGCUGCAGGGAAGGUUCUGGGUUUUUCCGAGAGAUCUAUGAGCAAUGCAGAGGAGAUUGCACUCGGCGAAGCCUCUUCGAAAGCGGGGCGGUUACCGGGCUUGUCCUCUCCCUCCUCGUCUGCCCUAGGGUCGUUUGCGAGUUUGGUCAGAGUGUCGAGCUCGAGCAGCUCGAGUUUGGGACGCAGAGGAGAUGAAGGCAGCCUGCUGCGACUCUUCCAAUCCGAGUACUUUGACGCGUAUUUUCACUUGUACUACUUGUUCCACAGGCAGGAGGCGGGUGUCCACGAAUACUUGGUGAAUUUGCUGUACGUGAAGCGAACGGACGAGGACAUCAUUUUCUACCUCCCGCAGCUGGUUCAGCUCUCCCUAGUUCGCUUCAAAACCUCGUCGCUCCACCGCUUCCUCCUCGACAAAGCAAGCAAAAGCAUGCAUCUCGCCCUCAUGGCCUCGUGGCUCUACCAGUCGAUGGUGGAAGAUAAAGUAGCAGGCUUGGAAGAACCCGCGCAGAAGAUGACGCAGGAGGUCGAAAUGGCAGUGGUGAAUAGCAAGCCACUUGGCGCGGGCACGCAUCAGAGUGGAUGGAAUCGAAGUGAAGAGACGGAAGAACAGGGACAAUGCGGUCGAGAGGAGAGAGGACGCAACUCGGAAAAUGCGUUCGCCAUCGAUCUCUUCAAAAGGCGACGCAUCGUGCAAUUGAUCCGCCAGCAUCAACAGGCGCUCCGCGAAUCCCGAAGCGCCCAGCCUGCCUCUCGCGCCUCCGCGCCGUUGCCUCCCCAGUCGGUUCUCUCCGAUGCGCUUGAUAAAGCUCAGCGGGAGCCGACUGCCAGCUCAAGGAACGCAUGCCAUGGGUCCUGUGCCGUUGCGUCUCCCCAGUCUUCGUCCACGGCGAGUGAUUCUAUCGGAGACUCGAAUCCCCGGGCCGAGCGGGAGCCCUUGCCUUCGGUCACAGAUCAAGAGGCUGCGUCGUCUUUGUAUCGCAAUGCUUCGCGGUGGUCUGCAACUUCUUCUUCUUCUGUUCCUUCCGCCGCGGCAACCUCGACCGCAUGUGCCAGUCGCGGGUCUCUCAGGCGCCCCACAGUGUCUGCGGGCGCUCUUGUGCCGCGCAUUCCCCAAAACCUGCGCCAUUUGACUGGCCCGACGACCGUGGCUGGGGCGAAGGUUAAACUGCCCUCGGUCUACGGGAAGCUCGGGAAUCCGCUGUCGCUUUCCACGUUACAGCUGCUGCCCUUCUCGACUUCGGGUGCGCGCACGGUGAGAGAGGAGGCGCGAAGCGGGAAGAGGUGCGAAGACCCGACAGAAAAGUCUGGCGACGCACCGGGGAGAAGUCGAAGAGAGGCGCCGGCGGAUGGGGAGGGGCAGCGCACGGGCCAAGGCGUUGCGCAGGCCGAAGGGCAUGGAGAUCGAGGCGAGAGAGGCGGGUCGGACUGGGCUAGCGACGGACGGGAAAUGGAGGAAGAACUGCAGCAGUUCAUCAUGAAGCAGCGAAGAUGUGACUAUUUCAACACUUUGAACCACUUUAUAUCCCUUCUCAUUGACGUGUCCAACGCCCUGGCUCUCGAGCCGGAUCGGUCGCUGAGGCCGCCCCUGUUAAGUCUCUUCCUCGAGAGUUUGAACAGCUGGAUUUUGUGUCGUCGUCUGUACGUGACGGCGAUGGUCGGGACGUGGACCAUGACCGGCGUGACCAUUCCUUUCCAUGAGGUCGGCUUCGAUCCGAACGAGUCGGAGAGUGUCCUUCACCGGCGGCCUUCACCACCGCGGUCUCCACAUCCGUCUUGCUUCACGCCUGCGGCCCCGGGUGGUUCUGUGGGGAGUUCGGUAUCGCGGGGCAGCUCGCGGAAGAAGCCCUUCGGGGCUCGAGAAGAAGAGCGCGGCCCAUCAGGAGUUGCUGUGGCAGGGGCCACCGGUACGACGCGAGACGACCAAAUCCAUUCGCUGCAGAUUCUCCGUAUCGACGUGAAGGAGUGCAGGGCGCUCAGUUCAAAGAAACGCGUGCCCUAUUUGCUCGUCUUCGAAGUCGCCGAUCUCGAUGAGGACCUGACGCAGUUCGAAGACUGCCAAUUCGGGGCGACUGCAGCGGCGGCGGACAUGGUAUCUCUCCGUGAAGACGGCAGUCCGGCCGAGGCCAAGACGGCUUCCCCGGGGUGUCAUUCUGGCCACGCCUCCCCGCGGGCACAGUCACCCUUCAAUCUUUCCCCUGUCUCUUCGUGCCAGUCACCUGGCGCCAGGGGGGGCAGAAGGGGAACAGAAGGGAGAGACGACAGCCGAAGACGUCAGCUCGCCAAACGAGGCGCGAGAGACCGCGAAGGCGAACGUGCAGGGACUGGAGGCGAACUCGCGGAAGACGGUGCUCCCGCGCUCGACUGGUCUUCUCUCUACGUGUAUCAAGCGAUAGUCGAGGAGCUCAAGCACCAGAAGUUGUACGAACCCGGUCCUUCCAGUGAAGACAGUGUGACGGUCAUACGUCGAGCUCUGAGCCUUGUCCCUCCGGAUCCUCCGUCGUCUGCCGACGCAACGCUGUCAAAUUCAAUGACUGUUUCCUCAGUCCCUGGCACCAAACCACCGUCGUCGUCAACUCAGCCGUCGAAUGGAUCUGCGGUCUCUGUUGGUUCUUCAGUCGGCAACAAGGUGUCGAGUUCUCAGUCUUCUCUCUCGUCUUCACUCUCCUCCUCUCUCUCUUCCACUCUGUCUGCUCUCUCAUCGUCUGCCUCGUCUGUUCCUCAGACCGCCUCUUCGGCGGCACCGAGUGCCCCGUCAGAACCUUCUUCUUCGUCCCGUGGUUUCUUUGCUGGGUUGGAAUCUUUUUCCUUUUCUUCUUCUUUCUCGUCAUCUUCGCCCGUCGCCUCGUCGCUGGGUGCUUCCCUCGGACUCCUGCAGACGGGCGGCCUUGGCGCAGCCAGCACCCCAAGCCAUCCCGCCGCGACCGCGGAUCCAGGAGACCACCUGAGACACGACAGAGGCACGAAGAAAGGAGACGACGAAGAAUACAGGGUGGAGUCCGAGCACGCCCAAGAAACUGCCGAAGGGACAACAGUGUGGCGAGCGAAGCAAAAGAAGCCAUUAUGGGGAGAACUGUGGGCCGACAAACGUGAGCGCCUCAGACGUCGGUCGCCGUAUGGACACUUGCGGUCGUGGGACAUCCGAUGCGUCUUGGUGAAGGGCGGAGACGACUUGCGACAGGAGCUGCUGGCGUCUCAACUCGUACGACAGUUCAAGGCAAUCUUCGACGAGGCGCGUCUUCCUCUGUGGCUCCGGCCCUACGAAAUCCUCGUUACUGGGUCGAACUCAGGAGUGAUGGAAUUCGUCCCUGACACCUGCAGCGUGGAUGUUCUGAAGAAGCGGCACAACACGGAUUCGAUUGCUCGGGUCUUCGAUGCCCUCUUCGCGGACAAUCCUUUUGAAGCAAAAAAGAAUUUCAUCGAGAGUCAUGCGGCGUAUUCCCUCGUCUCAUAUUUCCUUCAAGUCAAAGAUCGACACAACGGCAAUCUCCUCUUAGACGCGGAGGGCCAUCUCAUCCACAUCGAUUACGGGUAUCUCCUCUCCAACUCGCCAGGGAAUAUCAACUUCGAGACAUCACCUUUCAAACUCACACAGGAAUUUUUGGACGUGAUGGACGGAGAGACGAGUGACAACUACGAGUAUUUCCGAACACUUAUCAUCCGCGGUUUUCUAGAAGCACGAAAGCAUGCAGACCGAAUUAUUCUGCUCGUCGAAAUGAUGCUCUCUGCGACGAAGAUGCCUUGUUUCAGUGGUGGCCCGCAGUACACCCUAGACGCCCUUCGAGAGAGAUUCAUGAUCGGACUUCCGGAGGACACGUGCAUCGAGCGCAUCGUUGACCUCAUCGAAACGUCAAUCAACAACUUUCGAACUGUCCAGUACGACAAUUUCCAGCGCAUCACCAACGGUAUUCUCUGAGAAGGUGCAUGAGAAGCCGGAGCAUGGUUUGCUUGGGAUAAGGCAAAGACGUUCGCCGGAUCACAUGUGGAAGAAAAUGUCUUUCAGGAGAAGAUAUUGGGAUUCGGUGCUGGUGCAUCCUUCACGGUCGAAGCACGCGUGCUUAGAAAGAGGAAAAUCACUAUCAGAGGAGAAUAUGCUGUCGGUGGAGGUUUGGUGGAAAGAACAAAAACGAUCUGUCACUGGGGAAGGAAUUACGUCAAGAGACGAGAGGGGGCCUCUGUUGGGGGGAAGCAUGGCGCCGUUUCAACAAGAUUCUCCCCAUACAUGUUAAAUGAGACAGGUGUAGCAGAAAAUCGCCCCCCUCGCUCGGGGAGUAAGGUGUACUUCCUUGAGGGAGGUCCUCUUGGACGUUCAAAGAAAGGAGUGUUCAAUAAUGAGUUUUCUCGUUACUUCAUGUAGGUGUCAGCGGUGUGUCUGCAGCAUGGUUCUGGGUGGUCACGCCCCUCCGUGGGCUCCCCUUCCUUUCUUCUUGCUGUCUCGCCUCUUGUUCGUUUCUGCAUGUGUCGCCGUGUCUCGUUUUCCUACUCUUCCUCCGUUGCUCCCCGUUUUCGGUAUUUUUUGUUGUUCCAUACUUGCGGCAUGAAGGCGAAGAACCUGGCAGCAAUCUACGCAGGAGAGAUGUAAGUUCUCUUCACUGAAGAGAAGUCAACCCUUCUGCAAAUAAACGGGAUGAUAUAGAAGCGAAAUCAAUAAAAGGGUCGUUCGGCUUCUUUUGUUUGGUUUCUUGGAGGAGUUAUCAAGAACGUUUACUGUCGCACGCGCGUGAGUGCGUUGGGAAUUCACGUGUACGCCUGUAGAGGGAUACCGACACAACUGAAACACACAACCUUUGAAAUAGUCAAGGAAACUAAAAGAAAACGUUUAUUUGGAGGUACAAUAGUGUGUCUUACGUAGCUUCGUUGUAUUGAGGGUGGAUAGUGAUUUUCCCUUGUGCAUGUGACGAAGUUACCGGCUCGGCAAAGGAGAAAUGGUAGAAAACAAGUUUCUCUUUUGGGUUAAUAACUGUCGAGUGUCAAUUAUCACCUCAUACUAUGAAGUCACACGCGGGUCAUCUGUCUUCCUUCAUUUCUGCAAUGCUUGCUCCCUUCGGGUCCAGGUACGAGGCGGAUAGAGAACGUUAGUUCAUGGUUCAUACAUAGUUAUUCUCUGCAGUGAAACCAGGAUUGCAAAGAGUAGGCACCAUUCUCGACUGAAUCCCUUGUUGACCUUCAGACAAACGCAUAGUCUUGCUUACACCCCUAGUCGUUUUUUGCUUUUCGUAGUCAGUGACCCACUAAGGCGUCAGUUGCGUGCAGAGAAGAGUGGCAUUGACAGUGCGAACGAUAUCUUAUCCUCCUGUACUAAAUGUAGAGAUUGGCCGGCUGCGUGUUCCCGUCCCUCACAGUUGGUCUUGGGUAGACGCACAAAUGUCGGUGGAUUUUGAACAGCGCUGGUAUUCUCCCCAACGCUUUUUGACAGGAGGCAACACGUUUUAUCGUACGCGCAAGACAAGCAGUCAGAUUCUUGUGUAUAACCUACGGAUAUUAUCGCUCUGCUGAACAGACUGUUUCACGGGCCAGUGAUGUCCACAUACAUGCACUCAGUAUGGGCGGCACAGUUCGCUGAGCACGAAGAUUUUGGUCCCCGAUAAUCGCAACGGAUUUUUCCCCACCAUUCUCCACAUACCAGUAAACGCCACAGCCCACUGUCCCUCCCGUCUUGGCACCCCUGAAGACAUCUUUUUCGCAAACAACAGUCUGAUCUCAAGUCGGGGAUCCUCACCAUCGAUACAACUUGACUGCUCAAUGUAUGUCGUCGCUGCCCCCCCUACACGCCAGUCCAUGCGUCGACUUCUAUAAAGAUGACUGAUGCACGGCAUAUACGAAUAUACCACUGAUCUGGUCCAGCCAAGAGGAACGGCUACGGCUCACUAAACGGGUAACAAUCGCAAGAUCUCCAAUGAUAUGUACGGCGACAUCAAGACGACCGCGAGUCUUUCAUUGGAGGCGCAGCUUUCUUCAGGGAAGCGCAACAUGGAUUGCGUUUUGGCCGUAAUGUAACUGUCACUGUUGCCCCCGACAUUUGAUGUGUUUCGUGUUUCCCGUCAGCGCGUAACAGGGGUAAGUCGGUGACAACGGAAGCAUAUCGACGUUUCAUGCUUUCAACACAUACUGUGCGUGAAUGGUGCUCAAAUUCGAGCCUACAGACAUCCACGAAUGGCGCUCAAAUUCCAGACUUCGGACAUCCAGGUGACAGAGCACCGAGGUGAUACGUUGCGAGGUUGCGCCACGCAGACACUACGUUCUUCAACGCCACCACCACCCCGACCGCCGGCAACUGCAGAGCACCGCGAACAGCGUCCGCGUAUACUAACUGCAUCGCUACCGAGCAUGCGCAUCUCCUCUCAAUUCAUCUCCCAAGACGCGUUUGCUUCGGCAUCGAAGACAUCAUAGAAUUCAAGUGGCAUGCCGGUGGCUCCUCUGGAUACUAAACCGUCACACCCUUUGCCGCCUAUGCCUUCGACACCUUGAGAAGUUCCCCGUGGUGGCAACACCGUCUCUUCUUGUUGACGUUCCACCAUCACGGUAGAGCGGCAAAGCAGUGGACAGCUCUUCUGCCAUCGCUUGUUACUAAGUAGUCCUAAGGCUUGCAGUGCGAGCGGGCGGUCCCUGGCGAAACGUUUAAGAAACUGGUGAACGAGGAACUGAACCGGUUGUGGCCCAUCCUCGCUUGUUUUAAAAAGGGGAAGUAUACUAUGUCCGACAGUGUCGCCGGUCUCCGGCGCCUUGUUCCACCAUGUCCAAAAAGCAGUCGCUCCCAGACCCCAAGCAUCAGGUGCACACGUUAACAUGACCUCUGAAAGGACUACAAAAACAUCUGGUGGUGCAAAUUCCUCGUGGGUAGCCAACACCCCCCUGAAUCCGUCCUUCUUCACGGCCCCAAAUGCACCCAAGGAUACACUCCCGUCAGUCGACAUAAAAAAGUUCAUGAGCUAGAUACUGCUGUGCGCAGCGCCUAGGUCUUUGAGCCUGGCCACCAGUCUUAAUGCAUAAAUACUGAGUUGCAACCGAGCAUGGUGGGCAUGGUCGCUGAAUUCCAACCGGUGACGAAAAACAACUGAGACGGAUUUCCGGGCAUUCACUGACGUUAGAGGAAGCAGCAGGAAGCGGUUCACUAUCCAAGCGCUCUGGUAUCCGAAAUAGCUCUCCCGAGAUGUCGGCCAUCGAGGUGCCCUCACCAAAUCGGUAGGGACAGCAAACAUUCAAUACCGUUUAGUUAGUUUGGAGCUCCUCUCUUUUGAAAACAACCGAACGCAGAACGCUUCGUCGCGUGUCGCAUCCAGGUACUCUCUAGAGGGCUAGUCUAUACUGUCGCUAACCCUCACACCAAUCCUACCUUGCGUCGCUUGAUUUUCUCAUCGAAAAGCAUUUAUUCAUCGACCCUGUAGACACGCCGCGCCCUCUUAAGCCGCCGGUCAGGUUGGCCUAGUUCCGAAACCACUGUCACAGCAUCACCCUCAGCCUACAACGCAUCCGAUACCAUGCCAUCAGAUAAACAUCUGUUUGGAACUCCACCGGGUUCCCGAUGUCCGGGCAUUGCAAGUACUUGGUGGAUAAUGCCGUCUCCAGGAUCUCUGUCACGAUGAGAGAAGGGAUUCGUCUCGAGGUCUACAGGAUGUUCGUCUAAAAAAUGUCUCCGCCAAAAUAUCCAGUACAAUAAGACAGUGCCGCUGGAGAGUCGUGUCGGGCAAAUCUUGCAGCUCGCCGCGAGUGCUGAAGCAGUCGGGUAUGUGGAGCACCCUCCACAGACCAUGAAAACUGUUCAGAGGUCACACGCAUACUGAACAAGCCUCCUAAGGAUAGGUAGACGGGGAACUGACAUGGAUAUCAUAAAACACUCUUGCGGUCUGCUGACCUGCAUCUUGCGAGAACACCUGCUCACCCCCCUUCCCGAAAAAAGAACGACUGCCAACGCAGGGUUCGAAGACCCGUUUCACAUAGACCGCCCGGUCACUUCAGGUGGUCCAUUAAACAUUGGCGCGACCUCAAAAUAGGAAUAUUUCCCCAAAAUGUAUUUCCAGCUGAACAAAGUGCGUACAACAAUUUCGGCGUUACCUAAAAACAUGCUGCCACUAUUCUCUUGGGAAUAAUAGGAUGAUGCAUCCACGGAGACAAAACGGCACGUCUCGGGAUGUAGACAAAUAGUUCAACCCGGAACGAAGCCCUCGGAAUCUACAGAGCAUCUGUAUACAAUUGGCCUAUUCCUUUUCUCCUGAAAGAAAGUUGAGCCUCGUUAGAGAAAAACAAUUGGGAGAGGAUUACCAUUGCGGCGGGAAAAAAGCACCGUUUCCUGCCCACAUUGGACUCGCCUGCACAGAAGACGGAGACACGCUGAACUUUGGCGGAAAGGAUAAAAACACACCGAAGACUGUAGAUUUCGCCGACUCCUUCUUCAUGAAAACAUUUGGUGACGUCUAGUUUUAAUUUUUCAACCAGCUUCCUUCAAAGAGUCUGCCGUUGCCAUGAGGCGUCUGACACUUAUAGGGCGUUCUCGAUGGAUAGGGGUGAGGGGCGUUCCAGGACUGAAUAAUUAAACUUACUUGGCUGGCGCUCGGGGCGGCUCCGGUAUCGCCCUGUCGUAGCUCGGAGCAGCACAUUGCAUUCCGUGGACUGUAAUGGGCUAGGCCCGUCCCUAGUGGGUGGCUCCACAGCUCAAUUUCUGAUCAGCGGCUUGUGCUUGCGCGGCCGCUAUCUUUCUAUGACGCAUUUUUACAAGGUUUCUUGUCAGGAGCUAGUUUGCCAUUUUCUAGCCUGUAGAUAUUUCAGUAUUGUGAUAUGUCAUGGUUUUGUAUUGUUUAAAACGGUGAUCCGUCAUUGUAGCAUUCAGAGCUGUAUGAAUUCUUGUAGGAGGCGUGUCUUAUGUCCACCAAUAGAUAGAUCCAGUGCUGCCACUGCUACAGACGACUGGUGAUCUUCCAUAAGUAUCUAAGUACUGCCUAGUAGCUUGCAGCAUUCACGACAAGACAGACUCCAGUGUCGUUAGAUGGCUGGUAUGUUAAAAGCCAGUGAUACAUCAGAAAUCGGUUAUUGCGGAGGAGGAGCGCCACUGAAUACGCAUCGCUUUUUCAACGAACUAACAACAGGAUUGAUUAGUACCGUCGUUGCUUUUGAUUUUUCUUGUUUCUAGCCUUCUAGGUGCUCAUUCAUAGAUGUCAUUCAUACAUUAGCAGCCCACCUGAACGUAUGGAGAAAACGUUUCAGCAACCUCCAACAGGUAAAAGGGUUGUAUUGCAGCAUUUGACAUCAAGACUAUUUCACAUUUGCUGUUAUAGACAUUAUAUAUGUAUUGCUCUAGUGUGUACCCAAAGCGAGAGAAAUCUGAAAGCUAUCGCAUUCAAAAGUCUUCUGUCGGCUGUUGGCGUUAUUAGUGAGCCGCUUCGGAGGAAGGAGCGGAGAUUGACGGAAGGGAAAGGAUAGGGCAAUGAAAUGUCCAUCCCAGUUUGUCUCUGUUGACGUCUGUCGUCUCGCGACUGAUUUGCAGUUUUCGGUCAUUGACAGCAUGAGAGAAAGAGAAGUACUUUCUCCUAUGUAACUGGUGUCUUUUCAAGACGCAGUGUCUGAGUAGCAUGAUGGGCUAAACUGCUGGCGAUCCCGGUUGGUGUUGCACCCGCCUGACCCAGCCAACUGUCCUGACCCGGUAGUGUCAACUCACAUCCGAGAGCAGUUUUUAGUUCUGUCUUCGUCAGGUGAAUGUUUUUGAAGACCGCUGCCUUACUGCUGGUAUAAAACGCCUUAGUCAACCGCCUUCAACAAGCAUGGAUUUUCAUGAGGAUGCGCAUCCCGGAAUGACACGACAUUUUGCAGCAACUGUUCACAUGUGUUUCUCUGGCAAAGGUGCACGACAAUCCUCCCCGAAUUCUCGUUAGGCGGCAUCAGAACUUCAAAAUGGAAAGCUGUAUCCGAGAGCGGAACGACUGUGUUCCUGCCGUGCGCGUCGGUGACAGUAGUGCCCUAAACGUAGGAUGUGCAGUACCUGUAGAUCGACUUGAAAAAAACAUUUUUUAAGUGUGCACUCCGUUCCACAUGAUGGCGCUGAUGCCGCUCUGUUGACCCGUGAUCGAGAUACAGCAGAAAAGGCACGUUCCUGCCCGUUACGAGAGGCACAGAGAAAGCCUACCCAGCG